AUGGAGAAGAGCAGGACCGUGCUGGGGCACCAAGAGAAGCCAUGGCCUCAACGAGACACCAAGGUGUCCCAAAAACAGGCUGUGAAAGGGGGACAAGGAGAUGUCACCGAAACGCUGGGCCACCCGCGGCCCUGCGUGAAGUGCGGGCAGAGCUCUGCCGCCCUCGUCAUCCGCCUCGGGGACGCCUUCUGCCGCGGCUGCUUCCGUGAGUACUUUGUGCACAAGUUCCGUGCGAUGUUGGGCAAGAACCGCGUCAUCUUCCCGGGAGAGAAGCAGCGGGCAUGGACCCACCUCAUCCUGCAGACAGCCCGGACCAGGGGCUACACCAAGGUGAUGACGGGCGAGAGCUGCACCCGCGUGGCCAUCAAGCUCCUCACCAACCUGGCGCUGGGUCGUGGCGCCUUCCUCGCCGUUGACACGGGCUUUGUGGACAACCGCCACGGUGAUGUGAUGGUGGUGCGUCCCAUGCGGGAGUACAUGGCCAAGGAGAUUGCCUUCUACAACCACUUCUUCGAUGUUCCCACUGUCAUCGCGCCACCCCUCCCCACCAAGCGCCGGGAGAAGCCCAGCAUCCACCGCCUGAUGGAGCGCUUCCUUCUGGGGCUGCAGGAGGAUUUCCCUUCCACCAUCAGCACCGUCUACCGGACGGGGGAGAAGCUGAGCCCGGCUCCGGCCAAGGCGAGCAGCGAGUCCCAGCGCUGCCUGCUCUGCCUGUGCGCCCUGGACAUCGCCGGGGAGGAGGAGUUGGCCCUGGAGCCCACGCUGAUCAUGGAGGAGACGGAGCCAGUGGAGGACGGGGCUGAGAGCAAAGCUGCCUUCAUCCCGCUGCUGUGCUACAGCUGCCGCCUCACCUUCAAGGAACUGGGUCCCCUCGCUACGCUGCCGCCCUAUGUGCGCGCCGAGGCCCAGCGCAGGAUCUGCAGGGCACAGAUGGAGCAGCAGAGCCAGGAGGUCCCGCUGGAGGACGAGGAGCCCAGCAAGAGCUGA